AAUCACUUGAACAGGACGCUCUUAAAGCUCAAAUGGUUAUUGCCAAGUCCAAGGAGGGGAAGAAACGCAGCACACUGGAGCAGCUGGCAGAGUCACCGUCACCUGCUCCUACCCCGUCACCAACACCGCUGGAAGAUUGCAGUCCCAGAAACAUCACUUCACCGGGAAGGCUGUCCAUGUCUGAAAAGAAGUUUGACUACCGGGAAUUUGCUGCUAUUCCUUCCUCCAAACCUGUUUACGAAAUCCAGUCCCCCGAUGCAGCUGAUGACCUCAGAUACACUGACGACAGAAAUAACUCAGUUCCCCAGGAGCAGAAUGGGCAGCCAGAGGAAGAGGAAACGUUAGUAACACGCGAUUCAUCCACACCGACUUCGUCAGCACUCGAAGAGAUGGCCCUGUACAGCAGCAAACGCAAGCUCCGGCACAGCCGGCGCAGCCUGGAGGCUGCCGUCCCCACGUAGAAGACGCGAGGCCGCUGGGCGAGGGGAUAGCCCGGCACAGGGCUGUUGAGCUUCCUGUGCUCCAGGGACAGCACUGGACUGCCCA